CUUAAUCUUAUCCAAAAUAACAACAUCUUGCCAACAAACAGUCCGAAUCCCCUCGUUUCUUCAACCAUCCCUCUCAACCUCCCAGCCUCCCUCGCUCAAAAAUACCUGGAAAUACCUUUCCAGUCACGUGUUCCCAUGAUCGGAACCUCACAGCCCAAGGUAACGUCAGAAUCGCCAAGACUUGUUUAUUUACCAAACGGGGAACUUUCCACCUCCAGCCGCUUCCAUUUUCUCACUCCGUCGGUCUUGCUCGUAUCAAUCAAGCCCGCAAGAAACAUCCCAAUUGCACCCCCAAUUGCACCCCCAAUUAUAUACCCAAUUGCAUCUCAAUUGCAGUCGAACCACUCCAACAACGUCUCUCCUCCAGUUGCCCAUCAUGGUUCUCCCUCGCUCCACCCUCUUCCGCACACUGUUCACUGCCCAGCAGUCUACGAGAAUAGCCGGGUCCCGAGCUUCGUCCCGGGUUUGGCAACAGGCCACAAGAAGAUACGCGUCUGGCGGUAGUGAAUUCAAGAAAAACAGCGACUUGCCAUGGAUAAUUGGCUCCGUUGGAAUCACAGUGCCUGCCGCCUACUACCUCCUUGCCGACACCCCAAAGAACCCCGCCCACGCUGAAGUAUAUGUGCCCACUCCCAAGGGCUCCGAAGAGCCCCAUGUAUCAGAAAAGCAGGCUACAAAGGAAGCUGAAGAAGAGGAAGAAACGGGCAAGACUGAGCCAGAACACGACUCUGCUCCUUCGCAAAGAGAAUCGGAUCAAUCCGUACGCGGCAGCGAGGCGGAACCUGAGGAACCUGAGGAGAAAUCCACUGCUUCCGAGUCCGUGAAGACUGCUGAGCAGGGCGAGUCUGCAUCGUCAGCUCCUGCGGAGGAUAUUGAGUCUGAGAAGAAAGAAGUACAUUAAAAUGUUAAUCUUAUUGUCUCUGUUAUAGUUUCCAUAGGCAAUUCCAAUAUAUGUACAAAUAUGUAGAAAUGUCUCUCCCAUUCUGUAUAUGCUCAUAAAGCACCUAUGUAUCUAAUCCCUCCACACACUACAAUGUAACUUCAACUCGCUCACACUAUAAUUUAAGAAAUAAAAGUAAUAAUUUCACUGAGAAAUAUAUUAUUUUAAAAUUACUCAUUUUUUAUAAGGAAAGAAAUAUUUACUCAAUCAGUUAAAUCAGCUGAAUAGAAUAUUUUAUUUAUUUUAUUUUCACAGUACUAAA